AGCUUAGGUUUUUCUAAACAAAACCCAAAACCCCAAACUACCAAACCAAACAGAAAAGAGUUUCAUCACUCCCUUCCUCGCCGCUGCACCUUCUCCGACGUCCGCCGUUGCACUCCCGCCGGCGUACAGUUCCUUCACCAUCUAACCGCCUUCAUCACAGUUGUUCAAAAAAAUGUUGCGUAGAAACCAACGUUUGCGAAGAGAGUAUAUAUACAGAAAAAGCUUAGAAGGAAAAGAGCGUAUUCAUUAUGAAAAUAAACGCAAAAUAAGAGAAGCUCUUCGAGAGGGGAAGCCUAUACCUACUGAGCUGAGAAACGAGGAAGCGGCGCUUCGUCGCGAAAUCGAUCUUGAAGAUGAAAACACAGCUGUCCCAAGAUCACACAUCGAUGAUGAGUAUGCAUUUGCUGCUGAGAAAGAUCCUAAAAUUCUGCUGACCACAUCCAGGGAUCCAAGCGCUCCACUCAAACAGUUUGUAAAGGAGUUGAGUAUCGUCUUUCCCAAUGCUGAAAGAAUGAAUCGUGGUGGUCAGGUUAUUUCAGAGAUCAUAGAUUCUUGCCGAUCACAUGACUAUACAGAUGUUAUCUUGGUUCAUGAACACCGAGGUGUGCCAGAUGGUUUAAUAGUUUGUCAUCUACCAUUUGGUCCUACUGCAUAUUUUGGAUUACUCAAUGUGGUUACAAGGCAUGAAAUUAGAGAUAGAAAAGCCGUUGGAACCAUGCCCGAAGCUUAUCCGCAUAUUAUUCUUGAUAAUUUUGAAACUAAGUUAGGUGAAAGGACUGCCAACAUUCUAAAACAUCUGUUUCCGGUGCCAAAACCAGACACGAAACGUAUUGUCACUUUUGCCAACAAGUCUGACUAUAUCUCGUUCAGGCAUCAUAUAUAUGAAAAGCAGGCAGGUCCUAAAUCUGUAGAAUUGAAGGAAAUUGGUCCACGUUUUGAGUUGCGUCUAUAUCAGAUAAAAUUGGGAACAGUGGAUCAAGCUGAAGCACAAACAGAAUGGGUCAUCAGACCUUAUAUGAACACUACAAGGAAGAGGAACUUUCUGUGAUUGAUGGAGGCAUAAUAUUAUCAAAUGUUACUGUGCUGUUAGUGCAGGUGCAGCUAGAAGAAAAGCUAAAAUUUUGGAAUGGUGAUUAUUCAACAGUUUAGCACAACACAAUUACGAGAAAAUGGAAAUUGUGAUGUGCUUGUAUAAUUUUUGAUGAAAAUUAGUUAAGCAGUUCAUUUUUAUGUAUUAGGUCACUUGCUGACAACUUUGAGACACUAAACUCAGCAAGGGUCUGCGUAUUGUAACUUAUUAUAAUUUUUAGUUUAAGUUUUUGAUAAAACUAUUAACAGUCUUUGUUAGAUUUGUUGUUUUUUAAAAAAGUAUUAUAUUCUUAAAAAAAACAAGUAUUAUAAUGUUAUUCAAAAAUGUUUUGGUUGGUUUCAA